UCGGGUUCGACUACGAUGCUCGUAUAAUAAUACAUGUUUAGGCCCGAAACUACCACGUACAAUAUUUGAUGGAUUUCCCUGUUUUGUUCUUCAUCAGGAUUUUUUUUUUUUUUAUUCGCAAUCGUCCGUACACAUAAAAAAUAAUCCUUUUGUUUAUAUUUACUCAAAUCGCGGAUCACAUUAUUUCGCGUCGUAUAUCACCGAUUGUGAUCAUAUUGGUUUUUGACAGUGUUAUAAAUCAAGCGCGUCAUGACUAGCGAUAUAAUUAACUAUUCGUCUCGACAUUAUCAACCGAAUUACUCAGUGAAGCAAGAAUGCAUGACGGUGUCCGUGGCCGCACCGUUAGCCGGAGACGAACGGUUCGCCGUGCAAGAUCUAUCGCCGUCCGCACCGUCUUACUGGACGCCGGCCGCGGAACAACAGAUGGUGACUUGCGUGGUGGGUCACCAGCCGACCGACAGCACGGCGUCGUCAUCGUCGUCAUUCGUGGACGACGAGUCCAUUUCUUACGAGGACAUCACGUACAAUAGUUACGGUCCACAGUCCACUGCGGUCGCAAUGCAGACCGCGGCCAACUGCGACUACAGCGGCGGCCUUUACCACCAUCACCUGCAGCAACCGCAUCAGCAGCAGUUCGCCAACGGUGGUUACUUCGACGGCGGCAGCGGUUACCACCAAUUGGGGUACGACGAUAAGCCGCCGCCGUACGACAACAACAACGCGGCGGACGCGUGUGACAUGAACUCCGCGGCCGUCGUCUACGAAGACCCUUAUGCCGUAACGGCUCGUGUCGAGCGACAGCCGCCGGCGCAACAGCAGUACCAUCAGCAACAUCAGCAGCAGCAGCAGCAGCAGAACAACGACGUGGUCAGCGAAGGUGACAAACGGCUACAGCAACAGCAGCAGCCGCCGUGUCGCCCGCCGGACGGAGCGACGCUUUUGCCCGUACCAGUGGUGCGUGUGGUGAAGCGCAGGAACACGGCCAACAAAAAAGAACGGCGGCGCACGCAGAGCAUCAACAACGCGUUCUCCGAUCUCCGGGAUUGCAUUCCCAACGUGCCGUCCGACACGAAACUGUCGAAAAUCAAAACGCUCCGGCUGGCCACGUCCUACAUCGGGUACCUGAUGACCGUGCUGGACAGCGACGACCCGGACACGGACGGUUUCAAAGCCGACCUGUCCGCGCACUCGUCCAGGCGGUCUUCCGCCACGCACAAGAUUGCCCAGCACCAGAUGCCGCGAAAUCCUUUGGACUCGUCUAUUGCCGACCUACAGCAACACUACGAACACCAGUACCAUCAAAAACGGAGUAAAGGCAGGACCGGAUGGCCACAGGAGGUAUGGGCUUUAGAGCUGAAACAGGAACAAGUGUAAAGUUCACCUUUUGUUUCUUCAAUUCCAAUAGUUUCACAACGUACUUUAAAAUAUUUGGCUUUACAUAUAAUACUAUAAAUGGCACUCGCAAGAGAUCUAAAGUGUACGUUUUAUGUUGAAAAAAAUGUCACCCUUUUUUUAAUCUGUACAACACUGUAAACGCAACGAAAAGUCACAAAGUUCUGUAAAUACAUAAUUUAUAUUUUUUAAACCUAGCAUUGUAUAUGUAUUGGUACUUCGCAUCGGUUUAUUGUUAUAUACGUGUAAUUAGUGUAAUGUAUAAAUGUUAUACGUGUGAAUACGGUCGGGGAGAGGUAUAUUUAGUGUUAAAUUUAAAAAGCGUCGAAACGUCGGCUUCUCUUGAAUGCGUUAAAGUGUUUCGUCCUGUCAUUGCAGUCCUGUUAAGAGAAAAAAGAUUGGAAAUUUUGUAAUUAUUAUAUUUUUAAAUGUUAAAUGUUCGAGUGAUUUGCGUGAUUAUAAUUAUUUAGUA